UUCAGCUGUCACCACUGAGGUAAAAUAAGAACGGCUGUCACUGUGCUCAACCCCCUUUCUUUCUCUUCUCAUGCUGAGGGAACAUGGGGUUGAUCACCGGAGUUAUUGCUUUCUUUUACCACUUACCUCAAAUAUACAAAUGGCUAUUCAAGCCUUAUUACAUCUUGUCUAUAUUGAUGUCCUCCGCAUUCCUCAUACUUCGCAAGUGUCCGGGACUUUGCGAAAACCUCAACACAGAACGAGAGGACGGGAACCCAUGCGACUUUGACUGGAGAGAAGUGGAGAUUCUUAUGUUUCUCAGUGCGAUUGUCAUGAUGAAGAACAGAAGAGCCAUCACAUUAGAGCAGCAUGCAGGGAACCUGUUUAUGUUCAGUAAGGUGGCCAACGUCAUCCUCUUCUUCAGGCUGGACAUCAGACUGGGCAUCUUCUACUUCGCUCUGUGUAUUGCAUUCGUCAUGACCUGUAAACCGCCACUCUACAUGGGCCCAGAGUACAUCAAGUACUUCAGUGAAAAGACCAUAGAUGAGGAGCUGAAUCAUGAUACUCGCGUGACGUGGAUCGUUGAGUUCUAUGCUAACUGGUCUCCCCAGUGUCAGUCCUUCGCCCCCGUCUUUGCCGACCUUUCCCUCAAGUAUAACUGUGCAGGACUGCGGUUUGGGAAGAUAGACGCUGGCCGGUACGGAGAGGUGGCUCAGAGGUACAAGGUUAGCACCUCCCCUCUGGCCAAGCAGCUCCCCACAUUGGUGCUUUUCCAGUCAGGGCGGGAGGUCAUGAGACGUCCAAUGGUGGACAAUAAGUGUCGAGCAGUGUCCUGGACUUUCAGCGAGGAGAACAUCAUCCGCGAGUUCAACUUGAACGAACUCUUCGAGGCAUCAAAGAAGAUAAAGGGUCGUGGUGAGAACAGCCCCUUACCACCAGAGGGCAGCAAGGAGCCUCAACAUGAACCGGACACCCCAGCAGAGAGCAAGAAAGACCAGUAGCGACUAAGGGAGAACAGGAACUAGAUUCCUCUACCAGUCGUGCACACAGUUCACUGCUCGUCAUAUAAUCUGCCCUUAUCUGUUAUAUCGCUGUUGUAUCAGACUACUAGUAUAAGUUAAUUCAAGACUUUGGGCAGAAUGAGCCAUCUAAAACGGAAACAUCUAACCGUCCUAAUUAUUGUUGCCUUAAGGUCCAAUGCAGCAGUUCAAUAGAUUAAAUUAUUCUGCGUAACAAUGAAGUACCUAAAUUGUGAUCAAUUUAAAACAAGAUGGUUUUAAAAAAAUAAACAACUAGCAAAAUU